AUGGCGAGAGCUCGAGGUUCUCGCCCCGACAUGCACGCUCUGGUGGAGUGGGCAGCAAGAGCGUUUGACUUGCCUCGACCGCCUUCAGAAUGGUCUCUUUACAAUAUCCUGCGCAACGAAGCCAAGUUGGUAAAGCUACCCAAGGACACCUACAACUACAAAAAGUCGGUGGACCCCGUCAUUGACUCGCUGGAUCGCGCGCUCAUUCACGAGUUCGACAAAAUGGAGAUGGCGAUGAAGACGCUGACAGACCACGCCCUACUGUAUCGGUCUAAGUUGUUCGUCGAGGAGCACUACAAGAGCUUACCGGCUGACAAACGGCCGGGUUUUUCCAAAGGCUGGCUGCAUCGUUUUAAAAAGCGCCACGGCAUCCGUUACCAGCGCAAGCAGGGAGAAGCUGCGUCGGUCGACACAGCAACCGUCGCCGACGGGCGUGCCAACAUGCGUUGCAUGACGGACUUGUAUGCACUGAAGUGGUCUACAACAUGGACGAGACGUCUUUCGUCUACCAUGCGGAUUCACCGCGAACAUUGUCGAGGCGUAGCAAGCAGGCCCUGGAAAAAAUAA